UCUGGAAAAGCUCGUAAAAGCAUACAACGCAAAGAUCGACGCCGAUAGACAUCCCCCACUUCCUUCUGUAGAUCGGCGAUCCAUCAGGGACGCGCAGACGAUCGGUUUCGGCGAACCUCUCCUCUCGGCUUCAGUCGAGUCUCGGCAAGCGUCGGUGGGCGUGUGUCUGGUUCUGCUCUGUGCCAGAUCAGUGCCGGUAAAGCGUGUCUACGCUCCAUACGAGAUAGCAGUUUUGAUUUUCACGAGCCUCGACAGAGCAAAACAAGCAAACGGAAAAAUGAACUCCGUCCGAAGCCUGUUGCGCACGAGAGCGUUGCCCCUGAUCCAAGGCCGCGCAGCCAGAGAAGUCCACGCGAGCGCGAGUCUGAGUCAGGCUCACGUGCCUCUGAGCUUCCUCAGCGAGGACGAGCAGAUGAUGAAGGAGACGGUGGCUAAACUCGCUCGCGAGGAGGUCUUGCCGCUGGUCAAGAAGAUGGAGAAGGAGCACAAGAUCGAUCCCGAUCUGCUCAAGAAGCUCUUCGAGAACGGACUCAUGGGCAUGGAAGUGCCCGUGGAGUACGACGGUACCGGGUGCAAUUUUCUGACCACCAUUCUCGCGGUCGAGGAACUGUCGAAGAUCGACGGAGCUGUCGGCGCUCUAGUCGAUAUUCACAACACUUUGGUCAAUUCGCUCAUCAAGAAGGUGGCCAACGAGGAACAGAAGAAGAAGUACCUUCCCAAGCUGGCCAACGAGUACGCCGGUAGCUUCUGCCUUACCGAACCGGGUGCCGGUUCGGACGCCUUCUCCUUGAAAACCGUCGCCAAGAAGGACGGCUCGGACUACGUGAUCAACGGCUCCAAAUGCUGGAUCUCCAACUCCGACAUCGCCGGUGUCUUCCUGGUCUUCGCCAACGCCGAGCCCAGCAAGGGCUACCGGGGCAUCACGACCUUCUUCGUCGAGCGCGACACGCCGGGAGUGACGGUCGCCAAACCCGAGGACAAGCUCGGCAUCCGCGCCUCCGGUACCUGCAUGAUCCACUUCGAGAACGUGCGAGUUCCCGAGACCAACAUCUGCGGCCAGUUCGGUCACGGCUACAAGUACGCGGCCGGUUUCCUGAACGAGGGCAGGAUCGGUAUCGGCGCUCAGAUGAUCGGUAUCGCUCAGGGAAGCCUCGACGCCACGAUACCUUACACGCUCGAGAGGAAGCAGUUCGGAAAGUCGAUCUACGAGUUCCAGUCGCUGCAGCACCAGAUCGCUCAGAUCGUGGUCGAGGUCGAAGCAGCCCGGCUCCUGGUCUACAACGCGGCUCGACUGGUCGACGCGAAGAAGGACGUGAUGAAGGAGGCUGCCAUGGCCAAGUAUUACGCUUCCGAAAUCGCCCAACGAGUCACGUCCAAAUGCGUCGAUUUCAUGGGUGGCGUCGGCUUCACCACCGACUACCCUCAGGAAAAGUUCUACAGGGACGCCAAGAUCGGUACCAUCUACGAGGGUACCAGCAACAUGCAGCUGUCCACGAUCGCCAAGGCGAUUAAGAAAGACUACUCGUAGAGAGCGUAUUAUAAUAAUAUAUGAUGUUACAUCAUCGCAACAGCGAUAAUAUCACUGAGAUGUGAUUUCUUCGGUUUUUAAAAAAUCGUACUGUAUUCCGUAUUCUUUAGAAAUAGGUACAUUCCAUACCUAAUAUUAUUAAUGUCUUUUUCGGACAUAUUCGAUACAUAUAGUAUAUGUAUAUCGUCGGUCCCUAUAUAGAAGACUGGUAUAUUUCAGAGCUUUCCUACAUGAACAAAUCUAAUUGUUUUGGAGAUAAACAAACACUUAUUUUGGUAAAAAUAAUAGAAUUGCAUCGUAGGGAAUGACGAUAUAAUACGAUCGAGAUACUAAUAAUGUUACAUGCGUAUGAAUAUUUUUGUACUUUACGUUUUUUGAAGUAAACAAGUCUUUAUUCUUUUUUUAAAAAAA